AUGCGUCUCUCCAACGCUCUAUCAACCACGGCGGCAGUGCUGCACCUGAUUGGGAAGGCGCAAGCCAAGGCAGUCUUCGCGCAUUACAUGAUCGGUACUGUGGAUAAAGACCAUGCGCAACAAGACAUCGACAACGCAAUAUCAGUCGGACUCGACGGAUUCGCCCUGAACAUCGGUGAUCCAACCGAGUCCUACGUCGGCGCGACACUUGAAUACUUGUACGAGUAUGCGUCUGGCACAGGAUUCAAGCUCUUCGUCAGUAUGGAUCUGUCUGCAUCGGGUGCAGCAUGCAGUGCAGGGAGGUCCUGCUGCAAUGGGCCGAACGACUAUAGCAGCAUCUUUUCGCAAUACCUAAGCAAUGAAGCAUCUUACCUAGGCCCCAACGGUUUGCCCAUGAUAUCGACCUACUCAUCUGGCGGCGUCGUCCCCGAUGCCUGGCAUUCAUGGAAAGUGUCCCUUGACUUCCAAAUGUACUUCGUUCCUAUGUUUGAUGAUACGGAUGGCUACUACGACUCAACCUCUGAGUGGUGGUCCAAUUGGGGCAACCUGGUCGACGGAGUCUUCAGCUGGGAGGCGGCGUGGCCAACGGUGGCAGAUGGGAGUAGCACCGACGUCGGCAGCCUCUCUCCUGACAUGCCACUCAUCAACAGCGCCUCGGCUAGUCAGAAGAGCUACAUGAUCGCUUUGAGCACUCUCCAGUACAAGGAUGCCUACGGUACCAACUUGUACCGCGCAGGCGGGCUCAAUCUACCCAUUCGCAUGAAUAACAUCCUUGGCAUUGCAUCAGAGCUCGAUUUCGUCGAGAUCAUCACCUGGAAUGAUGGCCCCGAAAGUCACUACAUUGGAAACGUAUGGAGCGAAUCAUCCGAUUCAUCGGUCAUGUACUCCUCGCCGCAAGCCGCCUUUCCCCACGCUGCCUGGCAACCCCUCGUCACAUCAUUCAUCGAGGCAUACAAAGCCGGCGGCACCAUGGCUCCCCCGUCCGGCGCCACGGCGGUAGGAUCGAUGUGGUACAAAACGAUCCUGCAAGACGCCUCAUGCUCCGGGGCGACGCCACCCAGCGGCUGGUCCACGGGCACUGAUUCUCUCACCUGGGCGAUCGUCCUACCAUCCGGAUCAUCCGGGAUGAAAGCCUGCCUCACGAGCAACGGUUCUGUCAUCUCGACCGUGAGUGUGAAUCCGGGGCUGAAUUUCGGUUCGCCGACCGGAGUGCAAGCCGGGGCACAGAUGCUUCAAUUGUUGGACUCAGCGGGCAAUGUUGUCAUGACCGCGACAGGCGGUGAGUGCAUCUCUUCCAGUUGUCCAGCUGGUAUGUACAACAUGAAUUACCAGGUAGUUGGUCUGAGUGCGGACGGUGGCAGCGCAAGUUGCAGCAGUUGA